UGAUAAAAAGAGUUUGAAAUUUCUUUAUGUUCUUCCUGGAUGGGAAGGUUCAUCAUCAGAUUCAAAAGUUUUACGAAGUGCAUUAGUGAGAGAAAUGGAUCCAUUUCUUGUGCCGACUGGAAAUUAUUAUCUAGUUGAUGCUGGAUAUGCAAAUACUCCCGGAUUUUUAGCUCCUUAUCGUUCUACUCGUUAUCACCUAAAUGAAUGGUCAAGUCAUGGUAAUCGUCCUUCUAACUAUAAGGAAUUAUUUAACCUACGACACUCUUUAGCAAGAAAUUCAGUAGAGAGAACAUUUGGAUUGCUGAAAAAACGAUGGGCAGUACUUCGUCAACCAUCAUUUUUUGGUACUAAUACACAGGUGAAUUUUUAUAACAUAAUUAUAAGAAUUGGUCAUAUUAUUUCCUUGACAUAUAUACACAAAUAUUUGUCUCAAUAAUUAAUUUACUUGAAUGACAGGUUCGUAUUAUUAAUGCUUGUUGUGUUCUUCAUAACUACAUUCGUGAAAUUGCAAGUGAAUUGGAUUAUCCAUUGUUGCAUGAGGUUGAUUGUGAUUUGGCACAACAAUCAAAUGAAGUAUUUGAUGUGGACUAUGAAGAUGUCAUAACAAAUGUACAAGGUGGUAGUCAAUGGACAAAUUUUAGGGAUGAUAUGGCAAGGGAGAUGUAUAGUCAAUAUCAAGUUAGGAGUGGUAGAACUUAAUUACAUGUUUUUAGUGAUUUUAGUUUAUGUUAAGCUAGUAUAAUUGUGGUGAUGUGUAUCUUCUUUUAUCAAUAUAAAAUCUUUGUUGGUGUCUUUUCUAAUCAAUCUUAUAUUUUCACUCUAUAUUUUGAAAAGAUAAGGAGAAUGAAGACUAAAUCGUAUCUCAAAUGGACAUCAAUGAUGGAUAAUGUGCUAACAAAUGUAUUGCUUGAGCAACAUAAUUUAGGAAAUCAUCCUCCUAAUGGAUGGAAAUCUGUUGCAUAUGCUGCUGCGGUUAGUGCAUUACACAAUCAAUGUAAUGUUAAUGUUAGUAGGGAAAAUAUACAAUCGCGACUUAAGACUUGGGAUAAACAUUAUGCUGUUAUAAGUGCUAUGCUUGGUACGAGUGGAUUUGGAUGGGAUUGGGAUAGAAAAGUGGUGAAAGUGGAUAGUGAAGAAGUUUGGACAACUUAUGUUAAGGCACACCCAGAUGCGAGUCAUUAUAGAAGUAAAAUUGUUGAGAAUUGGGAAGAUUUGUCAAUUAUUUGUGGACAAGAUAAAGCUAAUGGAAGUGGAGCUGAAACGGCUGAUGAAGGUGCAAGAGCUAUGUUUGAAGAUAUAGAGAGUUGUUCAAAAUUAAGUAAAGAAUCAACUAGUGUAGAACGACCUUCUAAAAGAACUCGUCAUAAUGAUAUGGCCACUGCAAUAUCCAAGAUGGCUGACGUGGUUGGUAAGGCAUACAAUGUUGAAAAGACAAGUGCUCAACAAGUUUUUGAUGAACUAUCAAAAAUUACAGACUUAGAGGAGACACAAUUUCUACAAGCGGUUGAUGUACUCACAACAAACGAGAGGAAGUACGAAGUGUUUCUAACAAUCCCCGAGCGUAUGAGGCGUGCAUGGAUUUUGUUACAAAUAAAGAAGUGAUCAUCAAGUUAUGAGAUUUCCAAUUUCUUAUUUUGUGGGCUUUUAACGUGUUUCUUUUGUUAUUAAGACUGUUU